GUGUCGGUGUUCCCGGUCAGGCGCUCUGUGGACUGCUAAACCCGCUCGGUGUGACGUGUAGGACCUCCUCCUCCGACACACAGCAGCAGUAAUGGCGGACUACGACACCUACGAUGAUCGGGACCGGCCCUACGGCAGCUUCGGCGGCAGCAGAGGGCCCCGUGGAGGUGGCGGCGGCGGCUCCGGAGGCCCCCGGAGGCAGAAAGAGCUGCCGACAGAGCCGCCGUUCACGGCGUAUGUGGGAAACCUGCCGUUCAACACGGUGCAGGGCGACAUCGACAUCAUCUUCAAAGAGCUCAACAUCCGCAGCAUCCGAUUGGUCCGAGACAAAGACACAGACAAGUUCAAAGGGUUUUGUUAUGUGGAGUUUGAAGAUUUGGAGUCUCUAAAAGAAGCGUUGACGUAUGACGGAGCUCUUUUAGAUCAGAGGUCACUGAGGGUGGACAUCGCAGAGGGACGGAGACAAGAGCGAGGAGGAGGAGGCUUCGGCUUCAGGAAAGAUGAUGCCAGAGGACGAGGAGGUCCUCGAGGAGCGUCCAGAGGAGGACGGGACAGCCGUGAGGACUUCGAACAUCAAGGAGGAGGAGGAGGAGGUGCGGUCAGAGAGUUCAGCAGCUCAGGUUAUAGAGAUGACGACUACAUUGGAGGGCGGAGUCGAGGCGGUGGUGGUGGCAGCGGUCGCCCUGGUGAAAGAAGGGGAGGAGGUGGAGGACCCGGAGGUGCAGGACAGGGUCGAUACAGAGAGGGAGCCCCCCGUGGAGGAACGACAGACUUCAGGGAACCGUCUGAAGAGGAGCGUGCACAGCGGCCUCGGCUGCAGCUGAAGCCUCGGACCGUAACUGAGCCGCUCAACCAGGUCGCCAACCCAAACUCUGCCAUCUUCGGCGGAGCCAGGCCGCGAGAGGAGGUGAUCCCCAGAGACAAACCUUAAGAGACUGAAGGCCAUGAGGGCCAGAGGGAGGGGGGAGGGGGGGAGGGAGGAGGGGGAGGGAUUAGGGAGGAGAGAGGGGGGGCGGGGGGCGGGGGGGUGAACAGAUAGAGAACUUUAACAAAGAUAAAGAAACGCCAACGGGAUGAGUUUAAACGCCACAGUUAGCAUUCCUUCCUGACAGACAGCGAGUGGACGCCGCCCUCCUCUUCUUCCCCUUCUUCUUCUUCUUGUUCUUCUUGUUCUUUUUCUUCUUCCUCUUCUUCCUCCUCUUCUUCUUCUUCCUGUUUGAGUUCAGUUUGAGCAGAAUAUUUAUUCUUAGUCGGAAUAAAGACGAACACACUCUGACACUGACGAAUAAUAACCCUGUAAACACAAACACAACGAGCAGCUUGUGAAUGCAUGUCCGAUCUUUGGGUUUCUCUGCCCCCCCCCCCCCAAACAUGUCAGCUUACUGUGAUGUCAUAGCUGCGUUGUCCUGUUGCCCCGCCCUCUGCUCCUCUGCCGCCAGGUCAAAGAUCGCACGCCAUUUACCCCAAGAGAAAGGCCCAGAGCUUAAAACCUGUCAAGUCAUUUUGUUUGUGUUUUGUAGUCAUCCAGCUGAAGCCACGCCCCCUCACCCUGAUUGGUUAAAUUGGACAAACUUUUUUUUUCGUUCUGUCUUUGUCAUCGCUUGUUGCUUUGGUGACUCAUCAGUCAGAUUUUACAGCUUUUGAUCAAAAGUCACGUUUCAUAUUUUUGCCCCGCUUUUUGCCCCGCUUUGUGUUUGUUGGUUUUAUUCUGCAUGUCCUUGUGUGUGGGCGGGGUUUCAUCUGCGUUAGGACAGAUUUACAGCUCUCUACAAGCUCCGCCCCCCACCAAUACCUGCAGCACCUGAUGGAAAAGUUUUUAAAGAUAAAAAACGCUGAUGUUGAGAUUUCUGUUCCCAUGAUGCACUGCUGCUCGACGCCUCCGUAGGUGAAAACUGCGUUCACUGCGUUCAGGUCACGUGAAGAAAAAGGGAGAAAGUGAUUUCCUAACAGAAUACUGACUCUGCUGGAAACGAUUUAUUGUCGAUAAUCAAACAUUUACCAAAAACACAAACAACAGAAUCUGUUUUCAUCGUUUCUGCUCCUGGAAACAGAAGCAAACUACAAUCAGGGAAUUGUGUCCCACAACCUGAACGCAACACGAGAGGGGCGUGGCCUACAGUUAAGGCUCCUCUGAUUGGUUGUCUUGGGCCAAAGCAGAGUAUGUUAGAUGUUUCCUGAUGAUGCGAUGGCGCAUUUGUCGUUUUCCCACCCAAUCAGAUUAAAACAUAAGACAAUAUCUGAUUGGUCCGUUGAUCCACACUGAAAACUUCACCUGAACUAGAGCUCCUUCUUUUCUUUUUCUCUUUCAUCUCUGACUUCAUUGUCUGUCUUACUCUAUAAACUACUUUUUUAAAAAAUGUUUCUACGAUGAAGACAAAUGUUUGAUGACCGAACAGAAAUUAAAAAAUCUAAGAAAGAAAAAUUAGCAAAGGAAAAAGAAAAUAGGGGAUAAAAUGGUACUUUUCCUUUUCAUCCGUUUCCUUUUUCUUCCUUCUUCUUUAAACUCCUGAUUUUAUCUGUACGAUGAAGACAAGUGUUUGACGACUGAACAGAAAUGUUGAGAAAAAAAAUUGGGUUUAUGGAAGCAAAGAAGAAAUGAUAAGAAAACAAGGGAAAAAGAAAACAGUAAAAAAUGUUAUCUUCCAUCCCCAAUAUUAUUUUGUUUCUUCUUCUUUCAAUUAAUGUUUUUGUCUUUUUUACGAUAAAGGUAAGUGUUUGACGACCAAACAGAAAUUCAAAAUAAUUUAGGAAAGAAAAUCAUGCAUGGAAGGAAAGAAGAGUAAAUACUAAUUUAACAAGAAAAAAAGAAAAAUCAGGCAAAAAUGGUUCUUUUUCUCUUCAUUGUAGAGACAAAAACAAGAGUUUAAAGAAGAAGAAAGAAGAUGAAAUCAGGGAUGAAGACAAGUGUUUGAUGACCGAACAGAAAUUCAUAAAACAUUUAGGAAAGAAAAUCAAGGUUCAAGGGAGGAAAGAAGAAACAGGGACAAAGAAAACAGGGAACCAGCAUUUCUUUCUUACAUUUUUUGUUUUUUAUUCUGAAAUAACUUUUCGAUCUCUUUUCUUUGCCCUUUUUUUCCAUUCUUAUAUUUCUGAUCUCACUAACAGAUGGUGGCGCUAACACUUUAGAAACACAUUUUAAAGACAACACAUGAAAGAGGUGAAGAAACCAGAAAUAAAGAAAAGAAAGAAAAACAUUUCAUUUUCUUUUCUGUGUUUCCCCAUCCCGAUAGAAAAACAGUGUUCAUGGAAGGAAGGAAUGAAAGAACGUGGCAGAACAAGUCAUAAAAUAUUAAACGACAAGUCAUAGAAAUGUUUUCUUUUUCCCUGUUAUCCUUAAUUUUAUUUUUCCCUCCCUUUUGUUCCCUUUUUUCUUCAUCUCCCCCCCUUGUUCCUCUUCCUCUGUCUUUGAUUGCAGCACUGACUCAUUUAACUCAGCAGCCCCAUACACCCCCUGCCCCCCUCCCCGACC